CACCAAUCAUUGCUUGCUAUUUUUUUCAGGCAUGGAGUCAGGCAGAGACUAUCAUGCUGGUUCGAUGGUCCAUCUUACAUUACCCAAUGUCCCAUUCAAGCUGGCCAGACUUUCACAUAUGAGUUCACGUUGGUGAAGCAGAAGGGCACUUUUUUCUGGCAUGCCCAUGUUUCUUGGCUUAGGGCCACUGUUUAUGGUGCCUUGAUUGUGUAUCCUAAAACAGGGGUGCCUUACCCUUUCAAACACCCUUAUGAAGAGCAUAUCGUUAUCCUAGGGGAGUAUUGGCUGAGAGAUGUAUUAAAACUUGAGCGGCAAGUUCUAGCAAGCGGAGGAGGUUCUCCACCAGCAGAUGCAUUUACCAUUAACGGACACCCAGGCCCUAACUACAAUUGCUCCAGAAAUGAUGUCUACAAGAUCAAUAUAGUUCCAGGGAAGACAUAUUUGUUAAGGCUAAUCAAUGCAGGAUUAAACAUGGAGAAUUUCUUUGCCAUAGCUUUUCAUAAAUUAACAAUUGUGGAGGCUGAUGCUGAGUACACCAAGCCAUUCACCACGGACCGUGUGAUGCUGGGACCAGGGCAGACCAUGAAUGUCCUUGUCACUGCUGAUCAGCCGAUAGGAAAGUACUCCAUGGCCAUGGGACCUUACAUGUCUGCCCAGAAUGUUCCAUUCCAAAGCGUAUCAGCCAUUGCUUACUUCGAAUACUUAGGUGCUGUCCCUAGCAGUAUAUCAUUACCGGCUAAAUUACCAAGCUUUAAUGAUAACCUUGCUGUAAAGACUGUCAUGGAUGGUCUUAGAAGCCUUAAACCUGUUAAAGUUCCUAAAGAGAUUGAUACUAGCCUGUUUGUCACCGUGGGAUUAAAUGUCAACGAAUGCUGAUCCAAGACACCACAGAAAAACUGCCAAGGCUUGAACAAUGGAACUUUUGCAGCUUCCAUGAACAAUAUAAGCUUUGUCAAGCCCACUGUUUCUGUUUUGGAAGCUUACUAUAAGAAGAUUGGUGGUCAAUUCACUGAGGACUUUCCAGGUGCACCCCUUCAUUUCUAUGACUUUGUCAAUGGGGCACCAAAUAAUGCUCCUAAUAACACACAGGCCGUUAAUGGAACUAGGACCAAGGUCAUUGAAUUUGGAAGCAAGGUGCAGAUUAUCUUCCAGGACACCGGCACAGUCACAACUGAAAACCACCCUAUUCAUCUUCAUGGCUACAGCUUCUAUGUUAUCGGAUAUGGUACCGGGAAUUUUAAUGCACAGACUGCAAAUUUUAACUUGAUUGAUCCACCUUAUAUGAACACAAUUGGAGUCCCAGUAGGAGGAUGGGCAGCAAUUCGAUUUGUUGCUGACAAUCCAGGGGUUUGGUUUAUGCAUUGCCACUUAGACAUACACCAGUCAUGGGGAUUAAGUGCGGUGUUGAUUGUGGAGAACGGGAAAGGUGACCUGGAGACUCUACCUCAUCCUCCUGCAGACCUGCCCCGGUGCUAGAGCCCUUGGAUUUUAUUAAAUGGAAACGAAAUGGAUUCCUGUGAUCUUUCUGAUCAAGGAUUCUUUUUGGCGCAAAUUGUGUUAUAUUGCCUAGUCCAUUUCUUCUAGAACAUUAAAUUGUGUAUCAAAAGAAGUAAA